GCAGUUGGGUGGCUAAACGCGAGUACUUGAGGUCCUAACUCCACCACGUUAAAAGAAAGAAGGGAAGAAGUCUGAGAAUUGGAAGUCCGGAGAUGGCUAUGGUUCUUCUUGUACCCAGUUCGCCCCUCUUGGCAAAAGCUGCUGUUAUUCGUGUUUCGUGCUUCUCUACUGCUAGUAAAAUUGAAGCAAGAAAAAACAAGUCUCCUUCGCCCAGGCUGUUUGAUAAGCUGUUCCUUAGUCUAUUCCGGAACAAAAUGGUCCAGGAGACUGGCUGGGACUCUGAAAAGCCUGGCUACGACGGUCUAAUUGAAGUGGCCCAUCGUCUCACCCUUGCUCAAAACAAUUCCCAAACUAGAGACGCCUCGGUUCGGAUAUUGAGAUCAUUAUUUCCUCCUUUGUUGUUGGAGCUCUACCGGAUGCUUGUUGCACCUAUAGCUAGUGGUAAAUUUGCAGCCUUGAUGGUCGCAAGGGUCACUGCAUUAUCUUGUCAAUGGCUUAUGGGUCCAUGCGCUGUUAAUUCCGUGGAUCUUCCUAAUGGUUCCUCUUUGAUGAGCGGGGUUUUCGUGGAGAAAUGCAAGUACUUGGAAGAGAGCAAAUGUGUGGGUUUAUGCAUUAAUACAUGUAAACUCCCUACACAGGUCAGUUUUCUGGAUUGAUAAUUAUAGUUGGAUUCUUUUGAUGCAUUUGCAUUGCUGACUUUUUGUCACUCUUUAUCUGGCAAAGUACUUUGACGGUUGCUUUAAUAUCGCGUAUAAAACAUCCAUAUCUGGUAGAUUGUAUUUGCUUCAUUCAUGUUUUCCCUUCUUUAUUUUUCCUUUUAUGUGUGUGGAUUAUCUAGAGCAGGAUGUUGAAUUCUAUUUUUGACUUUAUAAUAUACGGUUUGAUUAUAAAAGCAGCAUAUGCUAGUACAUAUUAGGUUGCUCCUUGCCUAAGCAGCCAAUUCAGGAAAUAGAGCACGGCUAAAGAAUUUUAUUGACAAUUGAGAGACGUACAGCACAAAAAGGAGCUGAUGUUUGGGCAUGAAGCCCCAAAUAACAUCAUCGUGCUAGCUACCAAACACUGAAGAACAUUAAUAGGUGUAAAACUAGAGAGAGAAAGCUAGAGAAAAGGUAGAGAGGGAAAAAACAUUGUUCGAGUCUUUUAAAUUGUUGUUAUUUCAUCAACAUAUAAAAUAUCAGAUAUAGUCACAUUUUCAACACCAUUGCCUCU